CUAAAAUGAACAAAAUUUUUGUAACCUUAAAUUGGUAGCCUAAAUUAAAAAAAUAUUUAUUUGUAUUUAUAGUUGUAAGUAGUAAAAUGAACAUUUUUUUUAUAGUUUUAAAACAUAAUGUGCCUAAAUCAUUAAAUUUAUUAAGAAAUGCACAUACUCAAAUAUACUGGCAAAAAAAGCUUUUAACUAGAAAUUUUACAAUGUCACAAAAACCCACUAGACAUGGAAGUUACGUUUCGAUUCACAUACCAGAAACAGCAAAUCAUGCAACUCGAAGAAGAUAUUUGUCUGCAUUUCGAAAGAAAGUUCCUAAAGAUACUGUAAACUCCAAACAAACCACUAAGAAAACAGACUAUGGAAGACUUUUUGCUUUGGCUAAACCAGAAAAAUGGAAAAUAAUGUGUGCUAUUGGUUUUUUAAUUGUUUCAAGUACAGUAACGAUGGCUAUACCUUUUAGUUUAGGUAAAAUUUUGGAUAUAGUUUAUACAAAUAGGUCAGAAACAGCUUCUAACACAACUGUAAAUAAAGAAGAGGCUACCCAAAAAUUAAAUAACAUCACCACAAUAUUGUUAGGUGUUUUUAUACUUGGUGCUUUAUGUAAUUUUGGAAGAAUAUACUUUAUGUCAACAGUUAGCUAUAGAAUAAUUCAGAGAUUAAGAUCACAAGUGUUUAACUCAAUAUUAAAACAAGAACAGGGUUGGUUUGAUAAACGAUCAACUGGUGAACUUAUUAAUAGAUUAUCAUCUGAUACACAAGCUGUUGGUCAAGCUCUUUCAACCAAUAUUUCUGAUGGGUUAAGAUCAUUUGUAAUGGUUUGUGCUGGAACUGGUAUGAUGAUUUACAUGUCUCCAAAAUUGGCUUUGGUUGGAUUAACAGUGGUUCCCCCUUUAGUAGUGGUAGCAGUUGCAUAUGGAAGGUUUGUUAGAAAGAUAUCAAAACAAGUUCAGGAUUCUUUGGCAGAAGCUGGUAAAGUUGCUGAAGAAAAAAUUGGAAACAUUAGAACAGUAAAAACUUUUGCUCAAGAGUCAAGGGAGAUGAAAACGUAUUCCGAUACAGUAAACGAAAUUUUAAGUAUUUGUUAUAAGGAAUCCAAAAUGAGAGGGGGAUUUUACGCAUUGACUGGAUUUAGCGGUCACGUAAUUAUUAUAUCUGUAUUGUACUAUGGUGGAGUACUGGUGGCUUCCGAUGCCUUGACAAUAGGUCAAUUAUCUUCCUUCUUGUUGUAUGCAGCUUACAUUGGUAUUUCGAUGGGCGGUCUUUCCAGUUUUUAUUCCGAAUUGAAUAAAUCUCUUGGUUCAGCAACAAGAAUAUGGGAAAUUCUUGACAGGGAACCGUGUAUUCCGAUUCAAGGUGGUAUUAUUCCUGCAGUACCCCCAGAAGGACACAUUUUAUUUAAGGACGUCGUCUUUAGUUAUCCAUCUCGAGAAGACGUUACAAUAUUUAAAUCUCUUAAUUUGGAAAUUUCACCAGGUCAAACUGUGGCCGUGGUUGGACAAAGUGGCUCAGGAAAAAGUACACUUGGAGCUUUAUUAUUGAGAUUAUAUGACCCAUCCAAUGGAUCUGUUAUUAUUGACGAUAGUGACGUAAAAAAACUUGACCCCUGCUGGAUCAGGAAGUUUAUAGGAACAGUUAGUCAGGAACCAAUCCUGUUUUCUUGCUCAAUUAGAGACAAUAUUUUAUAUGGUGCUGAUGAUCCAUCUAAAGUAUCUGAAGAAGAUUUUAUAAAGGUUUGCAAAGAAGCAAACGUGUUUGAUUUUGCUUCAGAAUUGCCAAACGGUUUUAAUACUCUUGUUGGGGAACGUGGUGUUAUGUUGAGUGGUGGACAAAAACAAAGAGUAGCAAUUGCCAGAGCCCUAAUUAAAAAUCCAAAAAUAUUAUUACUAGAUGAAGCAACAAGUGCUUUAGAUGCUAAAUCAGAACAUUUGGUUCAAGAAGCAUUGGAGAGAAUUAUGCAAGGUCGUACAGUUUUAACAAUUGCUCAUCGGUUAUCGACGAUACAAAAUGCCGAUCUAAUAGCAGUUUUAAAAGAUGGUGAAAUUGUUGAAAAGGGUUCUUAUCAAGAAUUACUUAAUGUGGAAAAUGGCGUAUUUAAGGAUUUAAUAAAACAUCAAACCUUUCAAAGUGGCCAGGAACCUCAUGCCAAAUAGUGAUAAAUAUAGUUUUAUAUUAUGAUUUUGGUACAAAUGUGUUAAUUUUAUUUUUACUUAAUUAUAAAAUUUUCAAAAGGGAUAUUUUAUUAUGGUAAUUAUAUUUUAAUAUAGUUUGUUGAUGU